AUGGAUAAAUCGGAAGAGGAUUACUACAAGCUUGCAUUUGGAAUAGGAGUACCUUAUUUCGAGCAAUCACAGUUAACAAUUGCUUUUCAAAUGUUGGUCGAUUUAAGCAAUAUCGAUUGGAGUUAUUUAUUGAAAGAAUUACUGAAACAAACUGGAUAUAAAAAAUCCAAGCAGCUAUCAAUCAUUGUAGAAGGACGAUAUCAGCUUAAACAUCGUUGUGAAUAUUAUGGUGAUGUAAUGAAAACAAAUGACAAAAGAUCUCCUUUAGAAUUACCGAUAUUUACAACUCGUGCUUACUACAAUAUGAAUGCAAACCGUGUUUAUGUGAAUGCUGGAGUGUUGCAACCUCCACUUUAUUAUGAAAAUGGUAGUUUAGCUUCGAAAUUUGGAGCACUUGGUUGGAUUAUAAGUCAUGAGAUUAUGCACGGAAUAGGUAUCCAAGGUGUACUGGUUGAUUCAGCUGGUACUAGUCUAACUGGUUUGACUGGUCUUAUGUUAUCUUCUGUGAUAGAAACUAAAGCUUCAUGUAUUAGUGAUCAAUAUAGACUUUAUGAAUUUACCGAUUACAAAGCCCUUCAAACCGAUACACGAGAUGAAAUUUUAGCCGAUAUUGGAGGUUUAAAAGCGUCUUACUAUUCUCUUUGUGGACAUCAUAGUGGAACUUCUCUUUUAAUACAUUCAAUAGUUGUUUCACAUGUAAUAGAAAGAUACAGAGUAUUCGGGGCGUUGGUCAAUAGCAAAGAAUUCGCACAUGCAUAUGGAUGUCCAGUUGGUUCACCAAUGAAUCCUGAUACAAAAUGCGAUAUAUGGUGA